CGCCCGCUUCCGAUCAUGACUCGCGGUAACCAGAGAGAUCGCGACCGGGAGAGAGCUCAGUCGCGAGGUGGCAAGAAGGGCAGCACCAAGGACGACGGGUUGACCCCUGAGCAGCGCCGCGAGAGGGAUGCGAAGGCGUUGCAGGAGAAGGCCGCGAAGAAGGCGGCCCAGGGGGGGGCAUCCAGCGGGGACGCCGGAGGUAAAAGCAGCAACAAAAAAUGAAAGAUGUCGGUGCAAUGGGGUUUCUUUCUCCUUUUCCUGUGAAGGGUUGUCUUUUGUUCAGUGUUCUGGUUGAAUAUAGUUUCCAUAUGAAGAAGUCGAUGUCAGUUUGACUGGGGUUGUUGGUUAUGUUUCCGAUUGUACAAUGUUGAGAAGUUUCGUGGUUAUUAAGAAUCUAACCCAUCAUUGUCGUGUGCUUGUAUCA